GAGCUAAUUUUCUUGAACGUAAUGUCAGGGGGGUCUGUAUACGGCGCGGCGUCAUGAAAAAUAGGUCUACCUGUUUCAUUCGGAGGACAGAGACCAUAGAUCGGAGGGUGUAGGUUGUAUUAAGAGAUCGCUUCAGUUUUCUUUUUUUGAAAUGCGAUCGUUUCUGUGUGGGACUACACGAAAUAGUGACCAUUGAUUGAUGUGUACUAUCACCAUUUCAGACAUUGUGAAAAAGGAAUAAAACAAUUACAAAAUGAGUGGGUCUCCGGCCCGCAAACCGGCCCGACUCUCGAGUAGUGGUGGGCAUCAUAAUGCGGCGUUCGAACCUGAAAGCGAUGAAUACAUGGAGCCUGUAAUGAUUGACGAUCAACAGACUCGAACACAGAUUAAUGGAAGACAAAAUGGAGGAAGAGACAAUGCUGGUUUUCAGUACGACGAACCCGCUGUUCUUCAGGUUAAUAGUGACACAAAUGGCUACAAGGGACUGGACAAUACACAUUUAUACCAGGACCUUCAACCUAAUGGAAAUUCAAACUCUAAAGCCUCCCAAAAGAACGGACACAUGCCAAGAAGCAAUGCAUAUGUAUACGGUGAACCGGGUGGUGCACAUGGCCUAGGAACUGAGACUGGCCAAGAAGUGCAUGAGUACGAGUAUCCAGUUUUUAACAUCAGCGGAAACGUCGGCCAAGAAGACAGUCCGAAUGGAUUCAAUCGGCAAGAAUCGUACAAGUACAAGGGACAAACGGAACAGGAGAGAACUAAUAAUAAGAAAAAUGAAUCCCACUGCUGUAGGAUAUUUGCUGUGGUUAUUGCCAUUUUGAUAUUACUCAUCAUAGGAGCAAUCAUCUAUGUCGUCUUUGAGUUCGUAGUAAAUAAACCAGACAAUGUCACAACACAUUUGCCACCGACCACGGCAUUGCCACCCGUCCAAAGUUAUCUUGUCACCACGUCAGCAGUCGCCAAGUUAGAUUUAACGUAUACUCCAUCUCUUUCCGAUCCGAGUACUUCAGAAUAUCAAGAGCUGGAAUCCAACUUUACUUCUUUGAUGGAAACAGCUUUACGGGAUGCAGAGACGUCUGAAGUAUCAUAUGAGGAAGUAAUCGUUAUUAGUUUCAGUUCGGGAAGCGUCGAUGUAAACUUUGAUAUUCGGGCAAGACAUACUCAAAACUCUCUUCCCGGUGAGGCCGCGGAACAAGCCGCAAUAAACGCGGUUGAGAACGAAGUAUCUGCGGUUCUAACCGGAAUUAGUGAGGAUAGCUCGUCUGAUCUACCGCUCAUGAGCUUUGAUAUUACUGGCUCGGAAGCAGAUAUCAUCGUUACAACAACGGCUCAACAAACAUCAGAGAUUCCUUCGACACCUGAAUCAAUGACAACUCAGGAGCCUAUUGUCACAACAACAAAAGAAUCCUCUAUAUCCACUACCACGCCAUCCCAGACCACGCCCACCACAACUGCAAUCCAGGAAACUUCAAAUGCAGUGGUCACAUCAAAUGCCCCAAUCACGUCUCUCUCUCCAGUCACAACCACAACAGACUCAUCUACAUCCACUACCACGCCCACCACAACUGCAAUCCAGGAAACUUCAACUGCAUUGGUCACAUCAAAUGAUCCAAUCACGUCUGUCAAUCCUUCCCAGUCCACGCCUACUUCUGCGACCAUUCCUGUUUCAACAACAUUUCCAUCCUCAGUCACAACCACAACAGACUCAUCUAUAUCCACUACCACGCCCUCCCAGACCACGCCCAUUACAACUGCAAUCCAGGAAACUUCAACUGCAAUGGUCACAUCAAAUGCUCCAAUCACGUCUGUCAAUCCUUCCCAGACCACGCCUACUUCUGCUACCACUCCUACGACCAUUCCUGUUUCAACAAUAGUUUCAUCCUCAGCUUGCCAGCCUGAUGAGAUCCUAUGUCCAGAUGGCUUAGGGUGUGUUGGGUUCGAUCAGAUAUGUGAUGGUGUUCAACAAUGUGUGGAUGGAUAUGAUGAAGUAUUGUGUUCAGGUGGUAAUUGUAGCAUCACUGAACUUCCUUGUCUGGAUCAAACCGAAUGUUAUCCGAUUGACAAACAAUGUGAUGGUGAAUUCGAUUGUACAGAUGAAUCAGAUGAAGAUUCUUGCUCAUCUUGCCCUGAAGCAACAUGUUUUGAUGGUGGAUGUUAUCUGUUUAUUGGACAUUGUGAUGAUAUUCCUGAUUGUGUUGACGGAUCUGAUGAGCUAUUCUGCAGCUCCUGUCCUAUUGAUCAACUGGGAUGUAAUGAUGGUGGGUGCUACGAUCCAUCAGGAUAUUGCGAUGGUAAUCAGGAUUGUGUUGAUGGCUCCGAUGAAUUUUUCUGUUCAACAAACUGUGAAUCAAACGAGUUGGUUUGUUUCGAUGGAAGUGGCUGCUAUGUGUACCCUGAUCAAGAAUGUGAUGGAAUAUCACAAUGUACAGAUGGACAAGAUGAGCAGGGUUGCACAGAUGGAUGCCGUCCCGGUGAGUUGCCAUGUGCGACAGGAAACGAGUGUUAUAAUGCUGUCUAUCAGUGCGAUGGAUAUCAAGAUUGCACAGACCAAUCGGAUGAACAGGAUUGUACCUCAGAACUGGUGGUGGUAGACUUGACUGGACUGUCGUCUCCCUACGUCCUCACUAGUCCCAACUACCCAGACAGGUACCCGCUCAAUGCAAAUCAGUCAUGGCUCUUUGUUGCUUCUUCUGGAUACAGACCAAGGAUUGAUGUUAAUGACUUGUACACCGAGCCCAUCCGAGAUCUUCUCAGCUUCUAUUCAGGCAGUACUCCGAUUGGUCAACCACUGGAGCUAUCAGGUGCCAUGACACGGUCAGGUAUCAUUACUUACCAGUCGAGCAAUCAGAAUCUCUAUGUUACCUUCACCUCUGACAAUGCUGUGUCUGUCAGGGGUUUCAAUGCCAGUGUCAUCCAGAAAUCAACAAAUGAUGUUCAAUGUGAUACAAGCCAGUAUGAUUGCGGUGAUGGAAUGGUUUGUAUGCCAGAUGGGAAAUCCUGUUCCUGCCCUGUUCCUCCUACUGAAUGCAUUCCUCCUACAGAUUGUUUUUCUUGCGACAGUGGUAAAUGUAUUCCAUUUGAAGAAGAGUGUGAUGGCGAACAUCAAUGUGAAUUUGGAGAGGACGAAAGAAAUUGUUCACACAGGUGCGACAGUUUCCUUUGCAAUGAUGGUAUAUGUCUAGCCAACUCAACUGUGUGUGAUACUGUCAAUGACUGCACGGGAGGAGAGGAUGAAUCAGGAUGCUCUUAUCCCAUCGGUGAAGAAACUGUUUACUUAUUUUAUGGAGAUAUUCCCUAUCCGUUGACAUCAUAUGGCUACCCUACUGAAUACCCAAAUAAUGUCCACUACACAUGGAAAUUCAUUGCUGGAUUUGGCUUCAAGAUUCGCCUUCAAUUUGAAUACUUCUCUACACAUGAUGCAAAUGAUUAUGUUAUAAUUGGAGAUGGCAGUAACACUAGUACUAAUCCCUUUAUGAGGCUCUAUGGCGGUGGGUUUGUACCGGAAGAAGUUCUGUCACAAGGUGGCGACAUGUGGGUCACCAUGGUAACCAACCAGAAUUUCAGAUCUAGUGGAUUCUUUGCAAAUAUUACUGCUGUGCUAGAAGAUGAGGAGCUUGGACCAUGCGCCCCUAAAGAUGUGCAGUGUGGGGAUCAUGUAUGUAUACCUGGAGAGAGGCUUUGUGAUGUUACACCACAUUGUCUUCUAACAUCUUUUAACCCUGGCUGCCCAGUUUUCAUUGAGCUUGGCGGAGUUGGGGAACAAUACCAACCUGUGACAUCACCCUUCCUAAAACUUUACAGUUCCAACUUCCCUGCUCGUUAUGGUAAUAACAUUGACGCUACCUUGUACUUGACGGCAAUGGCUGGGCAGCGUAUCCUUGCUGCAACAGUUCAAUUUGAUACCGAGGAGGGAUACGAUUUCCUUACAUUCUAUGAGGGACACAGCACCGAUCCAAGCCAGCAGAUAGCAAUACUUUCAGGACUCUUACCCAAUCAGGUCAUUAUGUCAACAGGAAACACGAUGACAAUUGUGUUUCAGAGUGAUGAAACAUACGCCUUGUUUGGAUUCUAUUUAGAGAUUGAAGGACAGGCUACGGAUGAUUCAUGUUCUAGUGAUGAGUUUAGAUGUAUGAAUGGUCAGUGCCGAUCUUCUGAUUUAGUUUGCGAUGGAGAGAUACACUGUAUUGACUUUUCAGAUGAGGACAAAUGUCCUACAUGUCAGCCAGUCCCAAGCCAGUGCUCAAGCAUUCUACCAUGGACCACAACCGUGUUCCCAAACACCCGCUUCCAAACCGAGUCUGAAGCCCUUCAGCGCUACAAUGAGCUUGAAUCUGCUGCCAAUUCUUGCAGCCCCUCAUCUGGUCAGCUCCUCCUCUGUGCGUCUCUCUUUCCAGAAUGCCCGCAUUACGGUACAACAAGGAACUUGUGCCCGUCUGUCUGUAAUGGAGUGAUCACAGUCUGUCCGCAGCUGGCAGAGUUCUCCAAUGCUUGCUCAGGAACCACCGUGGUCGAUGAUAACAAUGGAAAUCCACUCUGCGAGGCUCGUACUGGAGAUUACUUUAACACAGAGGUGUGUGGAACCCGACCAGCCUACCAGGGAGACUCUGAGGUACAACCUCGUAUCAUUGGUGGUACCUAUGCAGAGAAGGGAGAGUUCCCUUGGAUUGGAUCACUCCAGAAUGGAGAUGGAGAACAACAAUGUGGGGCUUCACUACUUAAUGAAUACUGGGCUAUUACAGCUGCUCACUGCACCGGCGUGUACUCCAGCAUCAGUUUUGGUUACUUGAAACUGGACACACCAACUAAUUACAGCGUUUCACCACCUAUUGCACAAAUCAUCGACCAUCCAAACUACUAUUCAACAUCAGGCGGUGACGAUAUCACUCUCAUUAGAUUUGAACAGCCAGUCGAGAUCAAUGACUAUGUUCGACCUAUCUGUCUACCGUCAGCUACCAAUGAGACUCGGGUGUAUAGAAGGUGUUACGCUGCUGGUUGGGGCACUCUUGCUUUUGGAGAUGUUGCUUCUAAUGACCUUCUAAAGGUUUUGCUUGGCAUUAUCGAUAAUGAUGAAUGUGAUCAAAUGUAUGGCGACAUCAUUCCUUCUAAAAUAUGUGCUGGAUAUAAGACUGGCGGCUAUGAUUCAUGUAAUGGUGAUAGCGGAGGACCUCUUGCUUGUGAAGGAGAUGAUGGAAGAUGGCAUCUUAUCGGUAUAACAAGCUAUGGAAACUUGGGCUGUGGAGAUCCUGGCUUCCCGGGUGUUUACACACGUGUAAGCUCAUUCCUUGAUUUUAUCUCCGACACGAUUGAACAACAAGGUCCAUAGUAGAGACUACCUAACAACAAUCUCCCUAGUAGUGAUUGAAAUAACUAUGGUCAAGGAUAAGGCAGGUAUUAGGAGUCUGGCCGUAACUAUGGUGGCUGGUGAAAAAAAGAAUGUCCAAAUUGACAAGACCUUUUAUUAAAGGCUCCCCUGGUUGGAUUGUUCUCUUCUGAUCUUGGUUUACAGUACUUGUAGUCUGAACUUAAUAAAAAUAACUACUAGAAAUGGCUGACAUUCAACAGGACACAAUACAUAACACAUCUAGACUGCGAUUCGUUACUACUUUUAUGCAUAAUUUCUACUUUCAAAAGGUGAUGAAAACCAAAAAGCUAAUGCAGAAAAUUUGACCAAAAUAAUGAGACAUUGCACCGUAUUCAGGCUGGAUCCAUAUGGUUUUUCUCAUUGUAGUAUCACAAUAAAUUUGACAUUAUUUUCAUUUUUUUAAGUCCCAUGACACAUAGAGGCCUUUAUAUUUUUUUUGAAAUAUCACUGAAGCUGUUAAGAAUGAUUGAUGAAUUUGUAUUAAAAUACAUGAUAAUUCUUCCAAAGUCUUAUCUGAUUUCAAUUCAUUUCCAUAGUAUUCAAUUUGAAUAUUACACUUUUAUGUACCUAUGCAAUUAAAAUCAAAAUGGGAUGAAAUGUAUUGAAAAUGCAAGUAGAAUUAUUUUCCACAAACACAUGUACAGAUGUGCCAUAUGAACUUGAUAUAUGCAUGGAGUUAGGUGUUAAACCUAUGUGAUAAAAUAUAGGCCUAAUGGGUUGUGAUUUUUUAAAUCAGUAUGACAAUCUUUAAGAUUUAAAGUGCAGAAAAAUGAUAAAUCAUGAAAAUGAUUAGAUUUUUAUAUUUGGUAACCUAUAUGCACUAUAUUUUCCUUUACAAAUUGAUUCAAUGAGAUGUCAGUAAAACUGCAUUUGUUACAAAAUACCUGUACAUGCCAUAGAUUUCAUUCAAUUGUAGUCCACUAAUCAACCAGGUGCAAUAGAAAAUAAAUAACGCAAGAAAGAAUAAGACAUAUAUAUCUUUUUUAAUUGUAAUUUGUAUGUGAGCUCCACAUGAUUUCAGAAUCAAGAAUAGAUCAUACCACUUGAUUUUUAUUCUCUGAUUCAAUAAUAUUGACUUUAAUUAGUACUGCUGUGCAUUAAAGAAUGUGUUACGAAGAAAUGUGUUAGAAAUAACAUGAAUAACAGAAUGUGCUUCUUUGCUGAUGUGAAAAUUAGUUCUGUUUGUUUUUUAAUGUUUUCUUUGUUAGUGUUGGAUUCAAAUGUAUUAUAUCUCGAAAUAUGAUGUAUAUGUACCCAUUUAGUAUGAUAGGUAAUGUGUUGCCAAUUUAGUAUACGUAUCAUCCUUAGUGGUAUGAUAGAGGUGCUACAUUUAUGGUCAAUUUAAAAAAAUUUAGUGCUUGUAGUAUGUGAGUGUGUAGUGAAUAUAUGAAAAUUGUCAUGUUAUAGUAUUCAUCAUUCAUACAAAGAAAUAUAUAUAUACACACUGUAUAUACAAAAAAAAAUUGUAAUUUUAAUACUUUUAUGAAAUUGUUUUGUAUCAAUAUUAUGUCUUUCCUGUUUUAUCAAAUCUUUGAAAAUUGUCUUUCAUGUAGAAAUACUGUGUACAAAAAUUGUCUUUCAUGCAAUUGUCUUUCUAAUUACAUGUAUCUAUCAAAUCUUUCUAGAUUGCACAAAAUGGAAUCCCUAUCUCAUAGCUAAUUACAUUUUCUAAUCAUCGAAUAUUUGAUUUGUUGUUCUUCCAGGUAAUAAAUUAAAAGCUUAAGAUUUGAAUAUUUAAAUAUUAAUGAAAAAUGAAAGAUUACCUCAACACCAUUGUAAAUCUAAUAUCAGUAAUUAAUAAUUAUGAAUUUUGCAUGGGCUGAUUACAAAAUAAUUUUGAUCAGUUUCAGAGGUUUUAGUAAUUGUAGUGAUAUCACAAUGCACAUGAUAUAUUGAGAUACGAAUAGGGGUAUGCAGGCCAUUCACAUGUAGUACAGUUUGCAGGCAAAUAUCCCCAUUAUAUAAUAAGUAAAUUAUAUCCGGUAGUUGUUUUUACAUCAUACAUUCCUCUUGUUCUUUUACAGUGCUCAUAAUUAUAUUCUAUAUUUUACUAUAAAUUCUAUGUUUCUUUUUCUGUGGUGUGCAUAUACAUUUAUAAAGAGAUAAAUUCAUCACAGAGUACUUUCUUAUUCUUCAGUUUUUUGACAGAGAAAGCAAGAUAGAGAAAUAGGAGUGGGGUGGAAGUGAGAGGGGAAGGAAGAAAAAAAAGAAAUCGGAGGGAGGGUAAGCAUAAAAGACAAGGGAGGGGGAUAUUUGAGAGUGCGAGAGACAGAGAUAAGAACAUUGAGAAGGUAAUGAAAAUCUUUGCUGCCGAGAACCAAAGAAACAUGUAUUUAUUUUUUUUUUGCUUGUUAUAUUCACUUUGUAGAGCUAUUGAUACCCUCAAAGUUUUGAAUUUAUUUUGUCUAUCUCAAGAUGUAUGAUUUGAUAGUUACAUACUUCAAUUUCUUCCUAUUAUAAAGGAAAAAGAUAAGGGCGCCUUUAAUGUCAAGGGGUGUGUGCAAUUCUAUAGUUUUAGAUUUAUGUUAUACCUCGAUCUUCCUUUCUCAUAAUCAUUCUCUUUCUUUGAAUUAAAACUUGCACACGAUCUCAUAAAUUAUGAUUUCCAAAUAAACAUUCUUCACAAGAUGGAGUCUACAGAAGAUAUUUUUACAAGAAACGUCUUCAUUAGGUUUGUUUCCAAGUACCUUUAUACAUUAAUAAGGAACUGUACAUAACACACAAAGAUAAAAGUGAUACAAAAUCAGUUUCUUUACCAGGAAGUCUGCACAAGACUUCUACUUAACUGUAAACAAUAGGAAAAGAUCAAAUGGCAUAUGAAUCUUUGAUAUCAAUUAUAACAAGUUCCUAUGAUUCUUAAGAAAAUAGAUUUCAGGGUGAUAUUCCAAAGUUUACAUCCCAGAUUAUUUAUACACAUUUUAUUUGUUAUUCUAUGUUUUCCUAGACACAAAAGUUUCUAAAACAUACCCUUUAAAUAAAAAUGGUGUUCACUGUAGACCAGUUUGCAGAAACAUUAGCUUUUACAUGUGGGGAGUUUUGUGAAAAAAUAUUUGAAACCAUAAAUAAGGAUUAAAAAGCUCCAAAGAAAUACCAAACUAAAAGUAUACCACAGAAAUUUACUCUCCUUUUCAACAAGAAGGAAAA